AGACUCACUGCUUGCAUGCUUCAAGAAAGUAGCGAUCUACGAGAUCCCUUGAAUCCUGCUGAAAGCACCAACAUUUCUUCGACAUUUGGUGGGCUGACUGUGCCUCAAGGAAUCACAAGCAUGUUCUCGAAGGUUCAGAACAGCAACCUUGGACUCGCAAUUUCAAGUGUUAGGAGCAGAAUCAGGCCAUGGGUCACUGACUUUGGAGCUGUUUCUCAAUUCACUCGCCCUGGAGAUGACUGGGCUACCCGCCUAAGAAUCAACGUCACGUACUACAAAGGAAACUAUGGGAUCAUUUUCACUGGAUUCGUGGUUUACUCCAUCAUCUCCAAUCCUUUCCUCCUUGUAUCUAUAAUCCUCCUCCUCGGUGCAUGGUCAUGGCUUCUCGGGAUGAGACCAAGACUCGAGGACGGAUCUAUUGCCCCAGUGACUGUUGGAGGAAGAGUGCUCUCGGGGUUUGAGCAGAAGGUUGCCCUGGGGUCCUUCACCUUCAUUCUCAUGAUGAUUACGAGCCUGGGCAGCACCAUUUUCUGGGCACUGGGUGCAAGCAUGUUUUUCAUCGUAGCGCAUGCUAUCACGCAUAAGACUGACAUGCAUGAAGUGGACGCUGAGCAGUUCGGAGUCCCCGGCCAGUUCACGCCUGCCGAUGCUUCUGCCUAAUCCACCUGAUUCACUAACAUCUGCACCGAAUAAUUUAUCUUCAUCCUUGAGAUUCUACACGGCAAAGAUGGAGACUGUGUCUAUCUAAGCUGAUGCAAGUGUGACUGCUGCCACAACAAUUGAAAUGCAUGCUGAACGUGUUGAGUUGUUAUAUUUCGAAAUCUAUCUUCUAAGUCUUGUCAUUGAAUCAAGUUUUCUACAACCUUGUUGUCACCUCAUUAUGUUGCCAUGAUGUGUGUUGCUAUCGAACAUCACGCUCUGCUCUGUCGACGGCCACCUGUACGGCGGGCGGACGAGGGAGGCAGAGGCGAGGACAGGCAUGUCGGGAUGGGAGUGUCCUCCCACUCCUCCCGGUGAGUCAGACUCCAGCAGCACGGGGAAGCGCAAACUAUCCGGGGAGAGCUCGUGCUGGGGGGACGUGCGGAGGCUGCUGGAGGAAUGAGAUGGUGGACUUGUGCUCCGUGCGGGGGAGAUGACCUUCUCCUUGAUGGACCAUGUACACCAUGUCACUCCUCUCUCCGUGUCGGACUUGGUCCAGAAAUUCUUUCCUGACGUGAGGUCGAGAUGUUUCUUCCACUUCAUCUCGUCUACUUGGAGCUCUUUGAGAAGAUGCAAGGUCUUGUUCAAAGAUUGCUUCAUCGACCUUGAAAGGUGGCAGAGGUCAGGACACGGUCUGGCCUUACGGCUCGUACUGUAUGGUUUUGAUUUGACUCAGCUCUCUCCGUCUGUAAGCUCCCUUCAGCUUGCUGAUCUCUUCGUCCCUCAUCGGCUUCAUCAUCUGCAACGCGUUUGCCAUCUGAGCUCAAGUCAGUCUCAGACCUCUUUCAGCACACCAGGCCUUCACCGCUUGCUGCUCUAAUGCUCUCAUCUUCUCCUGCAACAAGUCCUUCUCUGAGAUCAGCUUGAUGUUCUGCGAGGUCAGCGAGUGAACUUU